AGCCGGUGUCGUCUCGGAGCAUGUGCCUACUUCUGCUGCUGUGGCCCCUGGUGCUGGGGUUCAGCCUGGAAGAUGGCACUCAGACCCACCUCACUUACGACGAGUUGGGGAGCACGGGGGGAGGUGAUGCCGACACACCGGGGCCCCCGACCGGGCCCCGGGAGGGGACCCCUCUCCCGCCCAAACUGCGCAGCUUCCCCGGCCGGCCCCGGGCCAACAGCAGCGACGAGGUGGAGGUCUCGGACGGCUCUCGGGCGCUGCUGCUGGGCUGGGUGCCCACGAGGCUGGUGCCCGCGCUCUACGGGCUGACUCUGCUGGUCGGGCUCCCCGCCAACGGCCUGGCGCUGUGGGUGCUGGCCACACGGGUGCCGCGGCUGCCCUCCACCGUGCUGCUGAUGAACCUGGCAGUCGCCGACCUCCUGCUGGCCUUCACGCUGCCCCUGCGCGUCGCCUACCACCUGCGGGACCAGCACUGGCCCUUCGGCGAGGCCGCCUGCCGCCUGAGCACGGCCGGGCUGUACGGCCACAUGUACGGCUCCGUGCUCCUGCUGGCCGCCAUCAGCCUGGACCGCUACCUUGGCGUGGUGCACCCGCUCCGGGCCCUCACCCUGCGGGGCUGGCACCUGGCCACCGGGCUCUGCGCCGUGGCCUGGCUGGCGGCCUUCGCCGUGGCGCUGCCCCUGGCGCUGCAGCGGCAGACCUUCCGCCUGCCGCACUCGGGCCGCGUGCUGUGCCACGACGUGCUGCCCGUGGGCGCUCAGGCCUCCUACUGGCGGCCCGUCUUCAUCUGCCUGGCCGUGCUCGGCUGCUUCCUGCCCGUGCUGGCCAUGCUGCUGAGCUACGGGGCCAUGCUGUGCACGCUGGCGGCCGGUGGCCGGCGCUACAGGCCCGCGCGGAGGCUGACGGCGCUGGUGCUGGCCUCAGCCGUGGCCUUCUUCGUGCCCAGCAACGCGCUGCUGCUGUUGCACUACUCGGACCCCGGCCCGGACGCCUGGGGGAACCUGUAUGCCGCCUACGUGCCCAGCCUGGCGCUCAGCACCCUCAACAGCUGCGUGGACCCCUUCGUCUACUACUACGUGUCUGCCGAGUUCAGGGACAAGGUGCGGGAGGGGCUGCUCUGCUGGGUUCCAGGCGCCUCGACGGCCUCCAGGGAGGGGGGCACCCCGGGCACUGGCACCCGGUCCACCUCGCUCGUGUGAUGGCCCCUUGGAAGAAGAGGGAAAAGAUACACACAGGGAAGAAGGCCAUACAACCACGAGGACAGACACUGGGGGGACGUAGCCACAGCCAAGGAGCCCCACGACUGACAGAGGCCACAGAGGCCGGGACAGCAGCCUGAGUCACUCUCCCG